UGUGACGGUCGAGGAGAGAAUUCCCGCGGGCAAAAUUAGCCCGACGUUCGUCGUAAUCUGCCCAUGCGUUUUCAUCCCGGACAAUAUUUUAGUAGGGCCGGAAGGCAACAACGGGAUUUCACGUAACAUGUUGUUGUUUCGUUGACUUUGGAGCUUGAUCGAAAAAUUUCUCUCGGUCGUAUUUGACGUUUUUUCCGUCGCGUUUAGUGAUAAUUUUGGGAGCUUCGCGCGUCGUUUAUAAAUAGUUGAGUAUUGUUCGGUGUCGGCGGUGAGAUUUUAAAUGUCGUGAGCCUGUUGUCCUUCGUCGAUAUUGUCCCCAUGCGAUCGGCCGGAUGCGUUGCCUUCUUAAUUUGGCAUAUAACUCUAUUCGGAAAAUGGGCCUGCGGUGACAACGAUAUCGCAAUUACGACAACCGAACCGACGCCAUUAAUCUCGGAAUACAAGAAUCCGUAUCCGCAAAGGCACCCCUGCUAUCGAUUCGCCGAUAUCCGCAACAAGGAGUUCUUUAGCCCAGCGUAUCCACCUGACGCGCCCACCUAUCCCAGUAACAUUAAUUGUUCGGUAGUGCUGACAGCUCCGGAAAAUCAGACAGUCGAGCUGGAUUUUCGCGACGACUUUGAGAUCGAGUACUCGGACGGCUGCAAAAAUGACUAUCUGCAGGUGCGCGAUGGCCAGUAUGGAUUUAACAGCGUUUUGCUCCAUUAUUGCGGGGUCAAAGGAUUCCCGCCGAAAGUGAGAUCGUCGGACAGAUACCUGUGGGUCUACUUCCGCUCGGACGAAAAUAUCGAGUACAAGGGAUUCAGGGCUGUGUUCGACUUCAUCCCGCGGUCAAACGGAUCCGGCACCCCCGAAAGUAUGGAGUGCAAGAAGGAAAUUACCAAUCAGGAGGAGGGUAAACUGGGCCGUGACGAUAUCGACCAGAAAAUAAUUAGAUAUGACAGUCAACACGGCCUGCCGAUCGACUGCAUGUGGGUCAUUACGGUCCGACUGAACUGGAGGAUCCAACUUCAGUUUGAAAAGUUCGAGUUGGAGAAUCCGAACGAUUGCGAAACGAAUUUUGUCGAGGUAUUCUCGAAUGACACGAUCAACUCGAGACAGAAAUUCUGCGGAUCCAUAGCGGACACGGUGCUUUCCGACGACACACACAACGUGAUGAUCGUGCGAUUUUUUGCCGAGAAAUUGGGGAACAAGACCACGUUCGCCGCAAAUUUUACCGCUUUCAGGGAACAUAGCAAAGAAAAAUCUAAAAAGAAUUGUGAAGAUGACGAAUUUGACUGUGAGGACGCCACGUGCAUAUCGGCUACUCUAAAAUGCAACGGCCUGUACAACUGUAGAUUUAGGUGGGACGAAGACGAUUGUCAUACGACCGAGUCUUGGACUCUGAGCGACGACCAUAUCGUCAUAAUCAUGGUGAUUUUUAGUUUAAUUUUGACCGGAAUGUUUUUCACGUUUAUCUAUAACUGCGUCAAGAAGCUUCUAAGGGACCACGAAACAAUUCAAGCCUUCAAACGUAGCAUGGAAGAACUGGACGCGGACAACUCGGAAAAAACGUCAUUUAAAGGCAACGGAAACGCCCGAACACCUUCGGUGGAGUCUACGAGGUUUGGAGGCGUAUCUGAAUCUGUCACGACCCCUUGCUACGUGCCGGGCGAGGACGUGCUACCGAUUUUAAUAAAGAACAAUCGUAAAUCGAGCUCGCCUCGUAACGGCAGUCUGUACAAUCAAAACAUUUAUACAGUAGACGAGGAUCCUUUACCCAAGAUGUGCGACAGCGCGUGUCAAACACGGGAGAGCCUGUUUACCACUCAAGAAUAUAGUUCAGGAACUAAUUCUCCAAACAACAGCGUACAUACAAAUUCGCCUCAGGCUCCGUUCAGCACGUUCGGGUACAGUAAAAAGGAGCCAAAAUGUAAAGCCGAAGCGAAAAUUAUUAUGCAUCACGAGAAGUCCUUGUCGCCAUACGACAAAAGAUACAGCGUUCAGACGACCAAAUCGGCCCCGGACGUGAUCGUAACACACUGACACUUGCUCAAAGCCGAUUGGGAGCCGUACAAAAGGAGACACCCACGGCAACUGGUCAAAACUAUGUCCGACGAAGUGGCCGUUUCCUACACCGUUUCGUCGAAAGACGCGUAUUUUGAAAGACGCGGGACGUGCGACGUCCACGACGUCGGGACGCGAGCUUGGCGUUGUCCCCACGACCACCGCAACGCGUCGAUUAAUUCGAUCCAUUGUUAGUUGGUUUUGUUUUCCGUUUUAAAUUAAUUAAUAUUGAUUAUUCCGAUAAUAAUGUGUUGACAAUCUGCGUGCACGUAUCGACGCGUGACUAAAACUGGGCCUAAUUAAAAAUAUCCCAGCCACGCGUUUCGGACGACGUGGUCACGUCGUCUCCGGACGUUUCGCUUGGUCCGUUUCCUUUCUUCAUUGUUCCUUCGACACUGCAGGUGCAGAAUUCGAGUUUACUCUUUUUGUAUCGCAACUCUAUGGAAUUUACCUAUUAAUAAACGUUUUAAAAAGGCAA